GUUAUUUGCCUUUGAAUCUUAUGGGAGAAUAGAUCUGUUGUGCUGAAACUGGCUCUGGCUUUGAAGUAGAUUAGAGUCGGCCAAAACCAUCCAAACAGCGACGAGAUCGGCCGUCGUGGAUCUCCUGGCGAAGGAGAUGAGGGUCGCGGUUCAGGAGCUCCAUGAUUCGCUGCAAUCGCUUCUCGACGCGCUGAAGCAGGAGGAGUCGGAGGAUUGUGAAGCAAAAUCAGGGGGGAUCAUGCCUCUGAUGGAAGUGAUUCCGGCGGCGACAUUUGCGUCUCUGCCGAUUGAGAUUGCUUCUAGGGUUGACAUCGCGGUUGGGACGGUGAAGGAGCUGGCGGAGAUGUGUGAAUUCAAAGUCGGCGGCCGGAGUGGGAGUGAGACAUCGGCGGCGGAUGGGGGAAUUGCGGUUGAGAUGGAAACAGUGAAGGUCCUUGAGAGGGUCUGAGUUUUCUUCAGGAUGCGGGAGUUUUUUAGCAGGUUAUUUGUGAUGGGGAGUGGGGGAAACUUUGAGGGCCGCCCAACCUUCCUUGCUAUAAUUGCAUAAUAAUAAUAAUAAUGAUAA